CAGCACCAGAAGAGACCAUUUUGGGACUUUAAGGGGGGAGGUGGCCAUUUAGGCCAUGUUGUGCUGCGCAUAAGGAGUGGGGGUGUGUGAUGGGGUGCAGCCUAUUUUGUGGUGGUUUUGUGUUUUUUGUAUUGUUUAGAGUGAGUUUGGGGUGUGGUUCAGUGAGUUUGUGUGAGGAAUGUGUGGAAUGUGCCUGGGCUAAUGAGGUGCGAAUUGCCCAAUUAGCCCAGGCACCUGUAUAAAAGGGAGUGGUUGGGUUUGUUAGUUGGUGAGUGUUUGUGAGAGUGAGUAGACCUGUGUGAGAGAGUGAGUGGUUAUUUUUUGGUAUAGUUUGUUCAGAGCCUGUUUUUGUGUUUGUCUUUUUGGUUGGCCAUUGUGCCUUUUGUUUUGUGUAUUUUGUUUAAUUAAAAGUCUUUUAUUUUCCCUGCACAUCCUGACUCUGAGUCUCCUUACCCUGGUCAGCCUGUCACAGGCGGUUAAUAGUAUUUUUCUCAAUUUUAAAUCCAAUAGGUGUGACUCAAAAUAUGUGAAGACUAAAACAUGAAAGUCUCUCUCUAGUUCUUUCUCUUACUAGCAGCCAGUAUUCUGCAUUCUGCUUACCUCUUUACUGAUUCAAGUCUGCAAGUUGCUGUGAGCGAGCUGAGGCAUAUUUUUUGAGACACCUCAGCUUCCCUGUGCUCAUGUCAGUCGUUUCACUUUGCAAUCAACAGUAAAACAGGAGUAUACGUUUCUUGAUUAUAUCCAAGCAGAUCAACAAUGACUCUUUCGACCUACCAAUCAAUUUGCUCAGUGUUCUGCUGCUGUUGUUCAAUGAGACAGGUGGAAACCAGAGUGAGUGUGGAAGAACUGACCAGGGAUUCUCUGUGUUGCAGACAGGCAUCAUGUCAAUCACACAGGUCAAGACGAAAGCCACCUCCACCGCCGCCAGAGGAAGAGGAAGAGGAUGAAGAUCAAAUGGAAGUUAUUGCAAUGUAUGACUUUGUAGCUAAAGAGCCUACAGACUUAACACUACAACAAGGUCAAGAAUACAUAAUACUACAUAAAAAAGAUCAACACUGGUGGAAAGCAAGGGACGUUAAAUAUGGGCACGAAGGGUACAUCCCAAGCAAUUAUGUAACAGAGAAAAAUAAUAUGGAGGCGCAUGGGUGGUACUGUAAAAACUUAACAAGGACUAAAGCAGAGCAACUUCUUCGACAAGAGGCAAAGGAAGGUGCAUUUGUUGUGAGAGACUCAAGCCAACAUGGGUGCUACACAGUCUCAGUAUAUACGAAAGCUUUGAGCAGAGUGGACCUCGGUGACAUCAGACAUUAUCAAAUCAAGCAGAAGGGCUUGUCACAGUUCUUUUUGGCUGAAAAACAUGUUUUCAACUCUAUUCCAGAGGUCAUCCGCUAUCAUCAGCACAAUGCAGCAGGGCUUGUCACUAGACUGCGGUAUCCUGUUGGGCCUAUGGGAAAAUGUGUUCCAGCAACUGCCGGAUUCAGUUAUGAAAAAUGGGAGAUAAACCCAUCAGAGCUGUCCAUUAUGGAGGAGCUGGGUAGUGGACAGUUUGGGGUGGUACGGUUAGGGAAGUGGAGAGCACUUUGUAAAGUGGCAAUCAAGACAAUUAAUGAAGGCUCCAUGUCUGAAGAGGAUUUCAUUGAAGAAGCCAAAGUCAUGACUAAGCUAUCCCAUCCGAAGCUAGUGCAGCUGUAUGGAGUGUGCAUUCAGCAGAAACCGAUAUGCAUAGUCACAGAAUUCUUGGAAAAUGGCUGCCUACUCAAUUACCUUCAACAGAGGCAAGGCUGCUUGAAGAAGGAGUUCAUGCUGGCUAUGUGUCAUGACGCAUGUGAAGGAAUGGAGUACCUGGAGACCAAUGGGUUCAUCCACAGAGACUUGGCAGCAAGAAAUUGUUUAGUCAGUAAGAAGCAAGUGGUGAAGGUGUGUGAUUUCGGAAUGACGAGGUAUGUCCUUGACAACCAAUACAUUAGCUCUACAGGCUCGAAGUUCCCAGUAAAAUGGUCUCCACCUGAAGUCUUCCAUUACAACAAGUACAGCAGCAAAUCAGAUGUGUGGUCAUUUGGGGUAUUAAUGUGGGAAAUCUUCACAGAAGGCAGAACCCCAUUUGAGAAUAAAUCAAACUCUGAGGUUGUGGAUGAAAUCACGCGAGGACACAGGCUUUAUCGACCCCACCUGGCCUCCCAGACGAUAUACAAAGUCAUGUACAGCUGCUGGCAUGAGAAACCGGAAAGUCGUUCAUCGUUUGCUGAGCUACUGGAGGAAAUCAAAAUAAUCUCUGAGAAUGAUUAGAAGAAGAAGAAUCAAUGCCACAUUCAACACACCAAGCACUAAUGUGAACAAUUACUUUUUCAGAGAAACAUUAUUAUUUCUAAUAGUGAUGAAAUAUUGAGUUACGGUUUAACAUAUGCAAUGUAAUAACACAUGUACUGUAGGUAAAUUGACUUGGAAAAUCAACUUACCUUAGGAAUUAAUUUUAUUUACAGUGCCUUUAUAAUUACAGCAUCUUCUCAAGCAGUAAACUAUUACAACAACGUGCACAUAUUUAAUGCUAAUAUUGUAAAAAAUAUAUUGGGGUCUGUUCAUUGAAAUCAUUAAAAUUGGAACCUCUUUGA